UGUAAGAUCGUAUUGCCUCUCGAGUAUGUCAAGGUUUGCGACGGUAGGUUUUGACUGGGCCAAAAUAACAAUAAAAAUCACAACAGAGAGUGUCGGAGAUUGACAAGCUCGCCGCAGUGCUGACCCCGACUCGGACUUGGGGCUUUGUUUUUGAUAUGAUCGAUCAUUGAUCAUCGAUCAUUUACUAACUCUCCUAAGUUCUGUUUCCGACGAUGACUCUAACCCACUCCCUGUGCUAGACCUUGUGCUUGACCAUUCAGAAACUCCAUUGGCUGCUCUCUCCCGUCUGAGACUGGCUCAGUUGGUCCGUCGACAUUACCGGCCGUAAUUAUGUCCAUACCUUUGGCAAAAGCUGCGUUCUUAGGUUUGUUUCUCGAGACCUUGCUUUACGGCGUGCUCCUCGCAUUGUACUGGUUCACGCUAUUCAUCCUACUCAAGAAAACUCCCAUUCAACGGAAAGUUCUUAUCCCAGUGGGAACAUUGCUGCUCUGCAUCGCAACGGCCCGUCUAAUCGUUGAUUUUGUUCGAGGGUUACAGGCAUUCGUAUUCCAGGUGGAUACGAUUGGUGCAAAUGCCUAUUAUUUCAACCUUGCUUCGCCGCUGAAUCUUGCAUCGAUAUCACUUUACAUCACGCAAACCAUUCUUGGUGAUGGUGCACUUAUUUGGCGAUGUUAUAUGCUCUACAGCAGAAGCCUCUUCAUUGCCGUUGCUGGUUGUAUCGUCCUGUUAGCCCUUGGGGCCAUUGCGUACUAUGUUGUCUGGUCCAUGUCUCACUUUGGUCCGCUGUUCACCGUUUCCACCGCUGGUUCUGCGUGCAUCACCACAAUCUAUGUAUUGACCAUGUUUAUCAGCGUCACCUGUACCAGUACGUCUAUUGUUCCUGACCUACAGACUUCUCACGACCAGAGUAUUGCAGCUUUGAUCGCCUGGCGCAUCUAUCGCACUCGUCGUUUCAUGCCAGAUGGCCUUGGUUCCUUUUUACCCGUUUUCAUCGUCAUCAUUGAGAGCGGCGCUUUAUAUGCCAUGAGUGUCCUUGCACUCCUUGUAACAUCCUUGGUCGGAUCCAAUGGCAGAUUCGUCAUAGUGUGCGUUAUCCCUCCUAUUAUAGGGAUCACAUUCUGCCUCAUCAUCCUGCAAGUGCAUUUCCACGUAGGCUGCAGCUCCCCCACCGAACAGCCUGCUGAAACAAGGAGCCCCAUGACCAACCUCUUUAGAGGGCGAGAUGUCAUGGACGCGGGCUCCAGCCUUGAACCAAUGACUGUGCAGAUCACGGAGGAGAUGGAGAUCGGUCAGUCUGACGUGAUGGGAAAAAAGAAUGACCAACGGGUCUCGGGGGGUAUCUUUCAAUUGUAAAUUAGUCACGUUCAAUUCUAUUCAGCCUUUCAAUCUGCGAGCAGCUAGCUCGCCGAUCCUGUUUUCGGUGGAUGAGACGGACUGUGACAAGGGUCUCACUACAUUGUACCAGGCGCUAUACCUCCCCAUCUUUACACUACAUAUACGAUUGGCUUGCUUAAGUUGUUUAUCGCAUUUCUGAACAGACACAGAAAUGAUGCCCUUUCAUCC